GUUUUACUUAUAUCCGUCACCGUAUCCAGUCAAACCGAGUAUUUCCCAUCAAAGUCAGGACUGGUUUGGAUAUUACUCAUGAGUACAGGUUUAUUUGUCAUUCCUACUCAUCACCUAAACCUGGCUCCCUCUUUGCCUUCCUAUUUACCUCAACUACUACAAGGCUAGCCCCAGCGCUAAAACAAGUAUCGGUCCCGUUCUCAGCCAAGUCAACAUUUCCCCACUCGCACUCACAUUCAAAUCGAAGCCACAUUCUUCUUUUACACCACGUUCCACUUCACCUUUCUUCUCAACCGAUGAGUUUCGAGCCUCUGAACCCUCAACACCUAAGUCAACAGUCUCAUGCUUGACAACAAUCGUUUCAUUGUGAGCAACUCUUCCACCACCAGAAAUCGUCCCCACUCAAGUUUGGGAUCUCAUCCCCUUCUCAUUUCUCACGGAACCCUAAUUCUACAAACACCGUAUAGUUAGGGUAAUAAAAAAAACGAAUAGUUAUUGAGCCAAUGCAGCCCAUUAGGGUUUCAGUUUGAAGACCCUCAGACCCUCUCACACGGUCACACCGCACCGCACCGCACCAGCCACCAUAGCUGCCAUCUCACCGCACCAUAAGUCAUUGCAUAGCUGCCACCGCACCACAUUGCAAGUCACUGCGCGCACCACGCAUCGGGGGCCACUGCGCGCGCAAGCCACCGCGAGCCGCCGCACACAUCGGAGCCACCGCGCGCACAACGAGCCGCCGCACGCAUCAGAGCCACCGCGCGCACUGCAAGCUGUCGCACGCACCGUGAGCCACCGCGAGCCACCACGCGCAAAUCAGACAGGAUGCCACGUGGAUGAGAAAAUGCAUGGGGGUGGGCGUUUUGCAGAAAAAGCCUCCCCCUAGGCACCUUAUGUGGCUAAUGUGGCAGCUGAGCCACGUGAAAAAGAAAGAGCAGGUGGGGGAGGCAUUUUUCAGAAAGAGCCUCCCCACCAGGCGCCUUCUGUUUACUUAUGACAUGUGACAUGUUGGAGAAGAAAGAGCAGGUGGGGGAGGCGCCAUCUGUUUACGUGCUGACAUGUUUCAAUGCGCCUCUCCCCCAGGCGCGUUGUACGUGAUGCCCUAGCCCCAGGCGCGUUGUACGUGACGCCUUAGCCUCAGGCGCUAUCAAAUUCAAACACUAGUUAAAUGUAGAACGUGUUAUUGGGUCUCACAAAAUUCAGUUCCUCCAGUGUGGUCCAGGUGCUAUCAUAUUUUAUUUGGUGGUCCAGGGUAGUGCAAGUUUAGGGUUCGAACCUCGGGACCUGACAUCUCCAAAACCUUUACAUUCAUCUACUCCAAAGAGGAAUGGGAGACGCAGACGAAAACGCUUGCAUCGAUGAAAUAUUGGAUUUCAAGGGGAAGAAAAAAAUCAAGAAUACAAACCAAGCGACAGAGACAGGUGCUGUGAAGGAACCAAAUUCUGCAACCGUCAACGAUGGCGAUGAUGUUAGUUCUACCUGUGGUUUUAGGAUUUCUCCAUUUGAUUUCUCGGUUGAGAGUUUCUUCCGAGACAUGGACACCAUUGCCAGACUCUGCGGGGAAGAAGAACACGGUGCUACUUUUGACCAGAGUGAGAUUCAGAGAAUGUCUUCUUCAGUCACUUUCUUAAGAGAAUGGAGAGAUUUUAAGUAUCCAUCAAGAAACAUUAAGUUUGCUUACGGACUUGAGAGCCCUGAUUGUUCUGUGGGAAAAUAUGUCAGUACCAUUAAUUUGCCUCCAUUUUCAUCUGCCUCCAUACCUGAGCAUGAUAUGCAAAAGGAGCAACUUGGGGAGGCCGAGGCUCAGGAAUGCAGAGAUUUUGUGAUGAAUGUUGGAGGCUCUGUUUGGGCACUAGAUUGGUGUCCUCGGAUACAUGAAAAGCCUGAUUGUUCAAUUAAAUGUGAGUUUAUUGCUGUUGCUGCUCAUCCACCUGGUUCUUCUUAUCACAAGAUGGGUGCCCCACUUACUGGUAGAGGUGUCAUACAAAUAUGGUGUCUUCUAAAUAUCAGGGAACACAAUGACAAGUCAACACUAAAAACUAGGCCUAAAGGAAGACCUAGAAAAAAUCCAGCAGGGGUAGAUGAUAUGAAUUGUGAUAAAAAAGAUGGAGGCACAAAUGACAAAUCAACACAAAUAAAGAGGCCUAAAGGAAGACCUAGAAAAAAUCCAACAGUGAUAGCAGUUGAUGAUAUCGAUUGUAAUAAAAAAGAUAGUGGUACAAAUGACAUAUCAACACAAAUAAAGAAGCCUAGAGGAAGACCAAGAAAGAAUCCAACAGUGACAACAGGGCAUGAUAUGAAUUGUGAUAUCCAGUAUAUGUCAGCUCUUGCUGUUCAAUUUCCAGAAAAUUCUACUAAGUUUCCUACUCCAGAUGGGAAUCAUGAAAACAAUGAAGAAAAACUUCCUGAAGGCCCAAAUGACAAAUUGACACAAAAAAGGAGGCCUAGAGGAAGACCUAGAAAGAAUUCCACAGUGAUUGUAGUGGAUGAUAUGAAUUGUGAGACCCGGAACCAGUCAGCUUGUGACGUUCAAAUUGCACAAAAUUCUACCGAGUUUCCUGCUUCCGAUGGGAAUUUUGAAAAGAAUGAAGAAAUACUUCUUAUUACAUACAAAAGAAAAAGAGGAGCUAAAAGAAAUAAUGAGACAAAUGAAAAAUCAGCAGUAAUAAAGAGGCCUAGAAGAAGACCUAAAUCAAAUUCAAGAGGAGUAAUGGAAGAUGGUUCAAAUUGUGAGGAUGAAUCUAUGCCUCUUGAUGUUCAAGUACUAGAAGAUUCAACUGAAUUGCUUUCUCCAGAUGUGGCUCAUGACAAUUGCAAUGAAUAUGCUAUGCAACAAUAUUCUGUUACAAAGCAAAGGCAUGCCAAGGAAGCUGUUUCUGCCUGCAAUACUAUUUCAACAACUCUUGUUAAAAGCAGUGGAUUAAAAAACAAUCAUACUGAGGACAUAUAUGGCCAUGACAUAAGUCAGCCAGUACAGUAUGAAAAUGAGGCAAAUCAUCAACCACAUUGUACCUCUGAAUUGGAAGCUCAACCAGCUACUUGUUCUAUUCCAGAGGAUAUAACUUUGCCUAGAUUAGUCUCUUGCCUAGCUCAUAAUGGAAAAGUGGCAUGGGAUGUGAAAUGGCGACCUACUAACAUUUCUGAUUCUUUUGGAAAAUACCGAAUGGGCCAUCUGGCUGUCUUGUUGGGCAAUGGAUCUUUGGAAGUGGUGGCUUUGUGGAAAUUUUGUACAAAUUCUUCAUCAAAAUGCGAGGAUUCAAAGCCCGUGCUUUGUUUUGGUGCGGAUACAGUUCCUAUUAGAACUGUUGCCUGGGCUCCAUUUGAAGGUGAUCCAGAGAGUCCUAAUAUAGUAGUAACUGCCGGACAUGAAGGCCUUAAGUUUUGGGAUCUACG